AUGGCCAAAUUGUUUAUGGCUAUGCUCCUGGCUCUUCUAGCCACUCACGCCCUAGCUAGACCCACGCCCAAGGACGCCACCUUCACUGACCAAAAGAACUUCCUAACAUACGGAGGACUUGGUGGCUACUCCGGCAUCGGUAGCAACGGCCUCCCAUUUGGCGGCCUUGGCGGUGCCGUUGGUGGAACUGGCCCUGGUGGUAUUGGUGGAGGAAUUGGUGGACUCGGUGGAUUUGGAGGCGGUGGAGGCGCUGGAGGCGCUGGUCUCGGUGGCGGUGGCCUUGGAGGAACCAUUGGAGGUGGUAACCUCGGUGGCGGUCUCGGUGGUACAGUUGGCGGCGGUCUCGGCGGUGGUGUUGGUGGUGGUGGUGGCUCUGGGCUUCCAUGA